AUGGCAGAAACGUGGGUUCAGUCAACAGCUCGAAGCCUGGUCUACCAGGCUUUGAAGCGUAUUCAUCGAGGACGUGUGACAAUCAACACAAAAUAUGCCAGCGACAACAACGAAAGCGUUUCAUUCGGCAGCAACUCCGAAUCAGACCCAGAGAUUGUUGUUAUCAUCAAGAACCCUCAAGUUUUUGUUCGACUGUGUCAAGCAUUCGACUUGGGGCUGUCAGAGUCAUACCUAGUCCAAGACGUAGAGUGUGAUAACCUCGUCGAACUAUUUUCACUCUAUGUCAGGAAUCAAGACACUCUAGGCGUCGGAGCUGGCAACCUCUUAUAUACACUGAUACCACGCGCGGCUCACUAUCUCAUCCCGACCAAUGACAACACAACCGCUCUCAAAAAUGCAUCGUUUCACUACGAUACUUCCAAUGACCACUUUGCCAACUUUCUCUCUCCCGAUAUGAACUACAGUUCUGCCAUCUGGUCAGGAGAAAAGGACGAAUCGCUAGAGUCAGCUCAGCGUCGAAAAAUACAGACCAUUCUCGACAAAGCCGAAAUAUCCUCCACUGACCACAUUCUUGAUAUCGGAUGUGGUUGGGGUAACUUAGCUAUCACAGCAGUCCAGCAGACUAGAUGCCGAGUAACAGGGCUCACACUUUCCAAAGAGCAAAAGGCACUUGCGGAAGAGAGGAUCAAAGCUGCAGGCUUUGAGGACAAGAUUACUAUUCUGCUGUGUGACUACCGCAAGGCUCCUGUACCAGAGGGUGGGUAUGACCGCAUCAUUUCCAUUGAAAUGUUGGAGCACGUGGGAGACAAGUAUAUGAACAAGUACUUUCAGCAAAUCUCCGCCCUUUUAAAACCAAAGGGUGGAAGGAUGGUAGUCCAAGGCAUUACCAGAAUCAACUCACGCUACAUCUUUCCAGGAGGAUACCUUCCAACCAUAAACCAGCUCAUGACAUCAAUACACAAUGGUUCCAGCGGUACCCUGGAAGUAGAGACUGUUCAGAGCAUUGGUCCUCAUUACAUUCGCACCCUGCAGUGUUGGAAAGAGAACUUUGACGAGAAUUGGGACACCAUCAGACAAGAUUAUGUGUCUAAGCAUCCUGAUGCCACAGAUUUGAUGAUUGAAGCCUAUCGGCGAACGUGGGUGUAUUACUUCCAAUACUGCGAGGCUGGAUUUAGGACCCGUAUUCUGGGAGAUUAUAUCAUCUCUGCUACCCGAACUCCUUGGCCUGAAAUCCCAUCCAAUGUUCCACACUAG